GGGCACGUUUUUAAGAUAAGAUUAUAUAGCUCUAGGAUUUACUAGUUCAUCGUUGUCCGCAAAAGUAACACAACCACGUUGGAAACAAACCAAGCACUUCAACAUGGCCCCACAACUCGCUUGGAUAGGCCUCGGCAAUAUGGGCAGGGGAAUGUGUAAGAAUCUGGUAGAGAAGGGAAACCUCGACAAACCACUUAUUGUAUUUAAUCGGACGAAGCAGCGAGCGGAAGAUCUCGCCACCAAACUCGGCUCCAAGACCAGAGUCGUAGACACUAUCAACGAUGCGGCUAAAGAGUCAGACAUUAUUUUCAUGUGUCUGGGCGACGAUGCUGCCGUGAACUCUGCCGUGGAUAAGAUCCUGGAAGAAGACGUGAAGGGCAAGCUGGUCGUUGAUUGUUCGACUGUGCACCCAGACACCACCAACGCGCUUGAAAAGAGGAUUACAGAGAAGGGUGCUGAGUUUGUCGGGAUGCCUGUCUUUGGUGCCCCAGCCAUGGCUGACAACGGCCAACUCGUCUGCGUCAUCGCGGGCACCUCAUCCGCCUGCUCAAAAGUCACCCCGUACACAAAGGGCGUAAUGGGCCGCGCCGACGUCGACUUCUCCGGUCAGCCAGCCGGCAACGCCACCCUCCUCAAAGUAAUCGGCAACACAUUCAUUCUAAACAUGGUCUCGCAACUCUCCGAAGGCCACGUUCUGGCAGAGAAAUCCGGUCUCGGCGUUGAUAAUCUGCACACCUUUAUUUCCACAAUGUUUCCCGGCCCUUAUACCGCCUACUCCCAACGGAUGCUUCAGGGUGACUACUAUCAGCGUGAGGAGCCCCUAUUCCAUAUCGACCUGGCACGGAAGGAUGCGAGACAUGCGAGGGACCUUGCGGACAGGAGUGGGAGUAGUGUUAAGAUGCUAGGGCUGGCGCAGGAGAGACUGGAAAGGGUCAAAGAGGAGUUGGGGGAUAAGGGGGACAUCCCAAGUGUGUAUGGGGUUGUGAGAAAAGAAAGUGGUCUAGAGUUCAAGAACAAGGGUUGAGUGAUGAGAUAGAUGCGAAUAUCUUCAGACUCAUGCAGAGAGAAUGACUGCGGAAGCUUCGUUCGAGAAAUAGUGACCUCAAUCCGUGGUUACCGUGCCAAUUUCUCCUGUACCUGUGUCGCCCGGCGUAUCCAGUUGCUCCUGCGAAUCACUCCCACUAGGACCGCCCGCCAAAUGUGCCAUCUUCGUUUUAACGCUACGG